CUUCCGCUUAUUAUUCGUCUCGACGCUACGUUCAAUUGUCUCUGAUAUUCUAGAGUCGUCUUGGUUCUAGAAGACGCCACGCAAUGUCUAACAAGCAUCCUACCACCAAUCUGGAUACAUCGACUACACCAAAGAAAAAUUCAGCCAUCCAGGAACAAGACGCAUCAUCUUCCAUGCCACCUAAACCCCCAACACUCACUUUGAUACUUGCUGCCACGCCGAGCCUCGGCAUAGGAAAGGAUGGGGUCUUGCCAUGGCCACAGCUCAAAAAGGAAAUGGGCUUCUUCGCACGAGUGACGAAGCGUACAUCGCCUUCUGUCCCAGCGGAAGGGCGCAGGAAAGUAAAUGCUGUACUCAUGGGUCGCAAGACAUGGGAAAGCAUACCGCCCAAAUUCCGGCCUCUCAAGGAUCGCCUCAACAUAGUCAUCACCUCGAAGCCAGAAGCAUUUGCAAACAAGCUAGACAAGAAGACAGAAGUCGAAGGCCCACUUGUGUGCUCUGGUAUCCUUGACGCCAUUGCUCAGCUUGAGCGCGAGGACAAGAGCAAUUUACCAUCUGCGGACCUCGAGAUUGAUAGAAUCUUUAUUAUUGGUGGGGCUAGCAUAUACCGAACGGCGCUUGAACUUCCGCAGACGAAGCGUGUAUUGCUUACUAAGAUCGAGAAGGAGUUCGUGUGCGAUACUUUUUUUCAUGUUAAUUUGGACGAGGCAACAAUAUGGAGGAAUGCCAACAGGGGUGAGAUUCAAGAGUUUACGGGGGAGAAUCUUGAGGAGGGUGCGAUUGAGGAGCAGGGUGUCAGGUUUCACUUUUGCAUGUACGAGCGAGAAUAGACUGGUGAAAGUGAAAGGAGUUAGGACUGAGUCCGUAAUCAAUGACGUACUUGCCGUGAUUGCGUGUAAAGAAGAGAAGGCAUAUAGUUGCCUGAGGGUAAUUGGCCUCUGCCUCACUUUCCCAAACGAACAUAAAAAUCAUCGACUUGCCCAACCCUGC